ACAUUUCAUCUUUCCCUGAUUUUGCCAACCGUCAUUCCUGUCAAAAUUUUUGUUCCAUGUUUAUCACCCGCAAAAAUCUCAAAACAAAGUAAAAAUGUCCACAAGCACCGAAAUUGAGAAGCAAAUCUUCACUGCGAUAGAAUCCGGAGACGCUGUUUUACUCCGAACCGCAUUAGCAUCCAAACCUGACGUAAACAUCCUAGAUGAAAAUGCAAUGACACCACUGCAGCAUGCUGCUUAUAAGGGCAACAAGGACAUGGUCCAAAUGCUCCUCGACUAUGGGGCAGACCCAAACCUUUGCAAACACCAACAUAAUUACACAGCGCUACAUUUCGCGGGCCUUUCGGGCAAUUCCGACGUGUGUCUGGCACUGCUCGUGGCUGGGGCCUUUCCCGAAGUCACGAACGCAGUGAAUCGGACGGCGUCACAAAUGGCGGCCUUUGUCGGCCAUCAUAAGUGCGUCGCCAUUAUCAAUAAUUACAUCCCAAAGUCAGAAGUAGAUUAUUAUAGUAGGCUACAAGGCGCUCAAACGGAGCCAUAUUUGCCGCCAUUUUUGUCCGAAAGCUUCCACAAAUUAAUAAUUCAAGUGAACGUACACCCGGUCAAAAUCGCGCUAAACAUCAACAGUUUUAUCGGGUUAUCGCAACACUUGGCGAAAAUCAAAAAAGUGCUAGAAUUGAUGUACGACAAAGAAAUGCAAAGAGGGGCCGGUAAUAACGAAGUGAUGGCGUUCAAACUAUACUACCUGGCGUUUGUAGUAGGCGAGGUUAUGACGAUUCAAAACAAACACCAAUCGCCUGACGCCACGUUGCAAACGUUUUGCAAAAAAGUGCUAAAACCGGCCACAGAUGGCGCUUUAGAAAUACUCGAUGGGUUGUUGCGGGAGUGCAUUAAACAUUUCCCAUUUCGGGAGUGUACACUUUUUCGCCAAAUGGUUACAACACUAACGGGGAAAGACACCCCAACAGCUCUAAGUGUUAUCAAUUCGGCCAUAAAUGGUCAGAGAGGGUUCGUUGAUAACGUCCCGAUUUGUUACACUUGUGGGGAAGAGAAACCUAGUAAGAAGUGCUCGCAAUGUAAAGUGGCGCAGUAUUGUGAUAAGACGUGCCAAAAGUUGCACUGGUGUUGGCACAAAAAGGCGUGCCCACAGUUGGCUCAAGAGCCUCUCAAAUGUAAUAAUGACACACAAAUUGAUCCUCAGGAACUGUCUUCAGAAAUACAGAAUCUUUUAGUUACUAAUUAAAUUGUAAUUUAUUAGUGUGUUAGUAAAUAAAGUGAGUUUAACAAAGAAUA